GAUCACAUAUGUGCCUAUACAUGUAAAUACAGGCAAAUUGAACUUAUCAUAGUAACAAAAAAUAAAUAAUUUUCUAAUAUCCUCUUAACAACAAGAAGAAUUAAUUCUUAAUCAUUCAAAUUGAUUCAGCGGUUUCGGCGCCGGCGUUGAUUUUAAUGACCAAUAAACGCGUCGCAUUUGAAUAUCACCCAUACAUGUAUUGAGGUAGGUCAAGGACCUUGAAGAUUUCGCGAACCAUCACUUCGCAAGUGUUACGAAAAAGGGCCACAACUUAUUUGGCGAACGAGGCCUAUUCCUAGGCAUGCCUAGGCAUAUGGAUACGAAGCAUGUCUCACCACUGGCUCCUCAUCGCGAUCUCGUGGCUCGGCAGCGUGCGGCCCCAGUACAUCAACAGCGGGGGCCCCGGCAACGACUUCGUGCUCGACUCCCUCGACACCAACCUGCAGUUCCCUCUCCCCUACUACUUCCACAUCCCCACCACCAGGAACGACUAUGAAACAGCACAGAACGAACCCGCCUCACUCGAAGAAGCCCAAACUGACAUCCAGAGGAAACGACGGACGGCUGAAGAGAAAGAGGAAACAAGAGAAAAACGCUGGCUCCCAAACAUUAUUGACUCAGACCAAGCCAUGUACUUACAAAAUGAUGAACUAGUUGGAAGCCCAUUCACUAAUACGAUCGAAGGAGUAGUCGACGACAAUGCCACGAAUAUUCUUCUUCCUAAGGAUAAGAAAUACUUCAGUCCGUGGGGUGGGAAGAGAGAUAAAGCCAGCAUCGAACACAUGUGGUCGUGGAAACGAGCCAGCAAUAUCCGCGAGCCGAGCAUGCCUAAACGAGUGCGCUUCAGUCCUUGGGGCGGCAAACGCAGCGGCCAGAUGAUCUACAAACCCGGUUCAAAAAGUUCCAAAAUCAUUUUCUCGACUACAAUACCAGAACUAACGCGAAUCGUCUCAAACUACUCCCCUAAUGGAAACGAAGCUUUCAACUUUGCUGGCUUUCAAUUUAUCCCGACGCUGGACAAGAGGCACCCGAUCAAGAUCCUGGCUUUGAGCACAAAGACAAAUGAAAGAACACUGCGAGAGGCGCUACCGUUCAAGAGCUUUCUAGAAUCUUUGCCAAAGAUCUUCAAGCCUGGGCAUCCGUACCUGGAUGUGAACUUGAAGAAAGAUGGAAAGAGGAAGGUGAAGUUCAGUGCCUGGGGUGGCAAGCGGUCGCCGCCCAUCAUUGGGCCCAUUUGGACUCCUGCGCCGCAAAACCUCAAAGAAUCAACGUUAGAUACAAUACUUCUCAUUAGAAAUAGUCAAGACAAAGAUGAACCGACGUUAAAGGCAUUGUAAUUUGGAUCCGAUCUACUCCCGAACUUUGUAUUAGUUAUGGUCUAAUAUAGUGAUAAGUUCCUUCAUAGUUAUGUUAGUGCCAUAUUUGUAACUGACGUUAGAAAAUGUAAAAAAAAAGCUCUCGAGUUCGGGGGUCCCGCGUCCUUGACGACUGGCUGGGCUCGUCAACGGCGCAGUACUGAUGUAUUUAAUAUUAAGACUUUGUUAUUCUUAUUUACUGUGCAUCUUGUUAGUAAAUAUAAAUAAAAAUAAUAAGUUAAAUGUUGAACUCAUUUCCCCCAACUCUAUGGUGAACAAAUAAUAAAAUAUUAUGUGAAUCAGAAAA